AAGGUUUAUAGCGGACAACGCCCACAGAUGUGUUAGUGUGACCCCAUAGUUACUAUUUUGGGCUGGUAAAGAACACACAAUUGCGUGCGGUGGGCUUUGCGUCAGGCAGCGCGCGCUCACUCACUCUGCGCAUUUCUGCUGGCGGAAACGGAACAUCAAGUGUUAGAUUCAUGCCUCAGGUUAUUAUCACUCUUUGAGACCUAUAUACGCACAUUUUCAUCUAAAUCUCACCCUUCAACAUUCAGUAAGGAGCACAAACCUACAUUCUCCACACUUGUAUCUCUCAAGUCAAAGGGCAGCUAUUGUCCUUGAUUCUGCCCUGCUCUUCUUUCACACCUUUAAUUGUCAGGAUCACCACAGCACAACCAUGCCCAAGAGCAGUAAAGUGACUCAGCGCGAGCACAGUAAUGAGCAUGUCACAGAGUCUGUGGCUGACCUACUGGCACUGGAGGCUCCCAUGGACUACAAGAGCAGCCAGAUGAGCAUGGCAGGAGGGGGUGCACCACCCAUAGGCAAGCCAGACAUCUCCCCCGACCUGGAAGACGGUCGCCCUGCAUGGAACAGUAAGCUGCAGUACAUCCUGGCCCAGGUGGGCUUCUCAGUGGGCCUGGGCAACGUGUGGCGUUUCCCUUACCUUUGCCAGAAGAACGGAGGAGGUGCCUACCUUGUUCCAUACUUUAUCCUGCUUAUCCUUAUUGGCAUCCCACUCUUCUUCUUGGAGCUGGCAGUUGGCCAGAGGAUCCGUCGAGGGAGCAUUGGAGUGUGGAACUAUGUUUGUCCACAACUCGGUGGGAUCGGAGUGUCCAGCCUGAUGGUGUGUGGUUUUGUGGGUCUGUACUAUAAUGUGAUCAUCGGCUGGAGCAUCUUCUACUUUUUUCAGUCGUUUCAGUAUCCUCUGCCCUGGAGCGACUGUCCCAUCCGAAGAAACGGCAGCCAAGCCUUUGUGGAACCUGAGUGUGAGAAGAGCUCAGCAACCACAUACUUCUGGUACCGUGAGACCCUGAACAUAACCAGCACAAUUGCCGACAGCGGGGGUCUGAACUGGAAGAUGACUCUGUCGCUGCUGGCGGCCUGGCUAAUUGUCUGUCUGGCUGUAAUAAGAGGCAUUCAGUCUUCUGGGAAGGUGAUGUACUUUAGCUCUCUUUUUCCAUACGUGGUGCUCUUCUGCUUCUUGGUGAGGGGGCUGUUUCUUAAAGGAGCAGUAGAUGGUAUCGCUCACAUGUUCACCCCCAAGCUGGAGAUCAUGUUGGAGCCACAGGUGUGGCGUGAGGCUGCCACUCAGGUCUUCUUUGCACUGGGUCUUGGUUUCGGAGGGGUCAUUGCUUUUUCCAGCUACAACAAGAGAGAUAACAACUGCCAUUUUGAUGCUGUGCUGGUCUCCUUCAUCAACUUCCUGACCUCUAUACUGGCCACACUAGUGGUGUUUGCUGUGCUGGGCUUUAAAGCCAACAUCAUGAAUGAGAAAUGUGUGGUGGAGAAUGCUGAAAAGAUUGUGGGUUAUUUGAACUCAAAUGUCCUGAGUCAGGAUCUCAUUCCCCCUCAUGUCAACUUCUCCCAUCUUACCUCAUCUGACUAUGCUGAGAUGUACGGUGUGAUAAAGAUUGUGAAAGAGGACAGUUUUGCACAGCUGGGGCUGGAGCAGUGUUUGCUGGAGGAUGAACUUAAUAAGGCUGUUCAAGGCACUGGUUUGGCUUUUAUUGCCUUCACAGAGGCCAUGACCCAUUUUCCAGGUUCUCCAUUCUGGUCUGUCAUGUUUUUCUUCAUGUUAAUUAACCUGGGACUGGGCAGCAUGAUUGGCACCAUGACUGGCAUCACCACACCUAUUCUAGAUACCUUCAAAAUUCGCAAGGAGGUCCUCACAGUGGGCUGCUGUAUUGUGGCCUUUUUUUGCGGCCUGCUGUUCGUCCAGCGCUCCGGGAACUACUUUGUCACCAUGUUUGAUGACUACUCUGCUGGUCUGCCCCUUACCAUUGUGGUGAUUCUGGAGAAUGUGUCUGUAGCCUGGAUCUAUGGCACCAAGAGGUUCAUGCAGGAUCUGGAAGACAUGCUGGGUUUCAGACCUUGCAUUGUAUACUUCUACCUGUGGAAGUACGUGUCUCCAGUGUGCCUGAUCAUACUGAUUUGUGCAUCUGUUGUAGAGAUGGCCAUCAGCCCUCCAGGAUACAAUGCAUGGGUGCAGGACCUGGCCAUGGAGAGGUUUCAGAGCUAUCCUCCUUGGGCUCUAGUGAUGUGUUUUGCUCUCAUUAUUGUGGCCAUGCUUCCUCUUCCACUGGUCUUCAUUGCUCGUCACUUUAACUGGCUCCCUGAUGGCUCCAACAAGCUAUCCGUCUCUUACCGCAAGAGUCUGGCCAAGGAAGCUUCCACCCUGGAAGAUGAAACAAGGUUUAUACUAAGGAAGAACCCUAGCGAAACUCCUUCUCCAAUGCCCAGUCACCGUGCUUAUCUGGGCCCAGGUAGCACCUCUCCCGUGGAACUCAUCACCAACUCUACAUCCAUCAGCGGAUAUGGCAGCAGUUACCAGACCAACCCUGCCCCUCCCAAAUCUGAGUCAUGAUCCUUCAACUCACCAACCAGAGACUGAUGGAAAGAGAGAGUGAGAAAAGAAGAUAGGAACAUGCUGAACAGAUGAGAAGGUCCUUGUCUUGGUCACACCUUAACCCAAGCCACGCAGAAGAGCAGGACAACAAGAAAAUGGACAGAAAGACACAGAGAUCCUUCACUAUAUCCCCCAUACAGCCCUACAGUAAGCAGGGAACAUGCCAUCAUACAGACAGCCUCCUCUGGGACCUUUUAUUCAUACAGAUUAAAGGUGCUGUUCUUAAGGUGAGAGACCACAGGGUUCCAGAUCAGUCACAUAAGUUGCAAGUUAUUUGACUUAAAAUCAUAUUUUCAUAUAAAGAUCAAUUAUAUCAACUCUUAGAAGGUUAAAGGGAUAGUUUAACCAAAAAUGAAAAUUCUAACAUCAUUUAUUCACCCUAAUGUUCCCGUAUUACUUACAUUCUUUUAAGGGAGGUGUUAGGCAGUGUUAGUCAUUUUUCACUUUAAGUAUCACUGUUGAAAAAGACCACCUGACAGUAGAGUGAAUUAAUAGCUGUGAAUUCUGUUAUUGACGGAAGCACAUGUUGAUUUUUAGAAGUAUUCCUGGUAAGAGUGUUUACAGACUUUGCACAACAACAGUCUGUCAUGUCCACAUUUUACCACAGGAGGGCAACAUAUAUGGAUUAAUACACAACGCACAUAGUCUCAGUGCAGUAUAUCAAAUAUAUACAGUGUCAGUGUCAGGUACAGGCUGUAUUUACAACUGGAUUUAGCAUAUUUUGUAAGUGUAAUUUUUGGAAAAUUUUGAAGUUUUUAUUUUUUAUAUAGAAAACAAAUGUAACUGCCUGAUGAAAGGUGUUAUUUACAGUACACAGCACAAGAAGUAUGUUUCAGAAUGCAAUAAGGGAUACAGUUUGAGCCAAUCUCCACCAAACACAAUAGCUGUGAGUUAUAUCACAUUAAAGGGAUUGGUCACCUAAAAAUGAAAAUUCUCUCAUGAUUUACUCACCCUCAUCCCAUCCCAAAUGUGUGACUUUCUUUCUUCAGCAGAACACAAAUUAAGAUUUUUAGAAGA